AUGUUAAUAAACGGUCCAGAAUCUGCACAGAAUGGGUUAAAUCCUAACGAAACUCAAUUUCCCUUAAUUUUUGAUCCAACAAGAAAAGUGUUAAUACCACAAUAUGUUCACCCAGAAAAAUAUUUACCCCCUAUUGUAAACUCGACAGAAAGAAAUCGGAGUUUUUCAGUUCUUUCAGACGAAGACACGGCUGAUGAACAAAAUGCGCCAUCACCUACUGAAACUAGUCGCCUUUCAGUUUUUUCUGACAAAGAUGAACAAGGAGAGUCUUCAACUACACAGCCUAAUAAAAUAUGGACUGAUAAGGAGAUCAUGAUUUUACUCGAUUAUGUUGAAGCCAACUAUGAACAAUGGAAAGUUUGCAAAAGCGAAUUUUACAGAUUCAUUGAAAAAGCAAAUGUUUUUGAAAAAAAAUUCACAAGAAAACAAAUAGGAAAAAAAAUAAAUACACUUGUAGCUAUUUAUUCAAAACUUAGAAAAUGUAAAGAAAUUGGUAUCAAAUACGUAGGGCCAAACAGGCUUUGUUCAUAUGACAGGAUGCAUGAAAUAUUUGGUCAUCGACCAAUAGAAGAGUAUAUUAGAUUAAGGAAUACCUCUGAACCUAAGAAGCGUACUUUUCAAAAUAUUGAUUCUAUAGAUGAUGAUGAACAAACAAACUCCUCAAAAGUGAAAGCUAAGCGAGCAAAAUAUUCUCGUGAGAGAAAUACAUCAGAUGAUGAUCGUGUAAGUGAUUCCGAAUUUGAAACUCCAAUCCUGCGAUCUAAGUCUAAAAAACAAUCUGAUUUAUGUUUUAAACUAACGAGAACUCAAGAUGGUAUUCCAACUUAUUCAUUUGGUCCAAGAGUCCAGCAAUAUUGGUCAUGUGAUAUGAUACACUUGUUAAUGGAUUGUAUCGAGGAAAAUAUAGAUGUAUUUUGGAAAAAUCCUACAAUGUUUUGGGAUUGGUUGGCUACAAACGUGUUCACAAACCGAUCUCCACCUGCUAUUGCUCAGAAAUUUUAUGAGUUAAGACCAGACAAGCAUUCCAAAGGAUUAAGAGCGCUCAAAAAGCUCAAAAACAAAUCGGAAAAUACAAAAUUGAUUGAAAAAAUCGAUCGAUGUUUUCAGCGUUUGUAUGAAAAGAAGACUUGGUCCCGAGAUCGUGAUGCGAAUGUGGUAUUCAAAUACCCACCUGGAUACAACCCAGAACAAAUAUUCUCGGAAAAUGAUAUAAUUAGACCUCUACCUACUGCUUCGCUCAAAAUUAAUGAACCUGAUUUAAAUUUUGCAAAACAUUUGCUUAAAUAUUCUGUUGAUAAUGAUUGUGCGCUGAGUAAAUGUUUGGGUACCAAUGAAAAAAUACGAUGGCCCGAGUUGAUUGAAGAUAUAGCACCGGAACCACAAAAAUGUGAACCAGUUGACUGGGUAGAUCGAGAAGCAAAUGUUGAUCCAGAAUUAACUAGAAUAUUGUUUAAAGGGCAUAAAACGAUGACAACGAUUUCAGCAAUGGCGAAUGCAUCCGUUACGUUAUUUCCUGAUGAUUCAAAACGUGAAUUCAAACUGUUUAAUAAAGACUUAAAUAAUAAAAAUAGUUUGAUGGCUCAGGAAGUAGGGUUCAUUACAGAUAUAGUGAACAGUUUUAAUGAGCAAAAGGAACCUUCGAUACCAGAACAAAUUAAAGUUGAUGAUUAUACAUCCAACAUACUAAAGUGUUGUACCACUUUUGCGGCUGAAGACACAUUAAAAAAAAUUCUAGAUGCCGUUGGUUCCUUACAUUGGACUGUCAUACAAGAAAAUAAGUGUAGACAGGAAAUGUCAACAUCUGAUUCAGAACAACAUUUAUUUGAUCCAUCGGAAUAUCUUGAGGUUACAACUGAUCGCAUAAAUUCAGAAGAUUAUGACUUCACGACUGAGCAUAUAAAUUCAGAAGAUUAUAAUGAACCUACAAUUAAAUGGGAUACAAUUUUACGUGCUGCGAAAAUUGCAGGAUUGCCACAAAGCGUAAUAAAAAAUACAUAUUAUCGUAUCUCGGAAUUUUUUGACAAAGAUAAGCAAUUUGAGGAUUCAAUAAAGGAGAUGGGAAUAGGUGAACUUGAAGGUCUAAAUAACAUACCUUAUUUGGAUAGACAUACACAAUUGCGCAUCUGGGAUACCGAAGUGGAAUAA